AUGCAGUUCACCACCGCCGCCCUUGCCUUCGCUGGCUUCAUGGCAGUUGCUCUUGCAGCAGUCGUCCAGGAGGCUGCUGACCUUCCCCACCCUCUCGUCCCUUUCCAGUACAAGGGUACUCUGGGUGGCCAUGACGUCCAGCUUAAUGGCACCGUCGAGGAGAUCUACGCCCAGAUGAAAGUUCUGCACCCGGAGUUCGAUGCUGAGCAUGCCAUCCAGAAUGGUACUAAUGCUUCGGCCAUCACCCCCCAAAACGUUAAUUCCAAGAGCAACUAUAUCUGCAAGCCUGUUCCCGGCCACAAAGACUGGGAUUAUGCCAACGGUGAUCGAAUCGCUGAGGGCAUCAGAUACCUUAAGGGAAUUGAUAUCUGUGACGUUGGCCCCCAGACAUGCGUCCGCAUCAGCUGUUCUUGGAGCGCCGGUAUUUUCCUUUGCAAUGAUAACGACCACGCCAUCUUCCCCAAGUGCAACUACAUUGCCAGCUAUGCCCAGGACUUGAUCGGCAAAUGUAGUGUCUUUCCUGUUUUCAACGGUUUCUACACCUGCGGACAGAAGUUUGAUACCGAUCGGUACAAUGUCAUCGUCCGUAGCACCAGCUGCUAA